GGGGGAGGAGUCUCUACCCUCGUGAUGUCCCCGCCCAGGUUCCCAGGCAAGUUUAGGGAAGUGAAAGGCGCCAGGUGCCAGUCCUGGCCUCUGUUGUAACCCAGCGCCCCGCAGUCCCGACACAGAUUCCUGGAUCUCAGCCCUAUAGCAGCGAUGAUCCCGCUGCUGCUGACAGCGCUGCUGUGGGUCCCCGCCGGGGCCCUGACCUGCUACGGGGACUCCGGGCAGCCUGUAGACUGGUUCGUGGUCUACAAGCUGCCAGCUCUUAGAGGGUCCGGGGAGGCGGCGCAGAGAGGGCUGCAGUACAAGUAUCUGGACGAGAGCUCCGGAGGCUGGCGGGACGGCAGGCGACUCAUCAACAGCCCGGAGGGGGCCGUGGGCCGGAGCCUGCAGCCGCUGUACCGGAGCAACACCAGCCAGCUCGCCUUCCUGCUCUACAAUGACCAACCGCCUCAACCCAGCAAGGUUCAGGACUCUUCCAUGCAUGGGCACACGAAGGGUGUCCUGCUCUUCGACCACGAUGGGGGCUUCUGGCUGAUCCACAGUGUACCUAACUUCCCUCCACCGGCCUCCUCUGCUGCAUACAGCUGGCCUCAUAGCGCCUGUACCUACGGGCAGACCCUGCUCUGUGUGUCUUUUCCCUUCGCUCAAUUCUCGAAGAUUGGCAAGCAGCUGACCUACACCUACCCCCAGGUCUAUAACUACCAGCUGGAAGGGAUCUUUGCCCAGGAAUUCCCCAACUUGGAGAAUGUGGUCAAGGGCCACCACGUUAGCCACGAACCCUGGAACAGCAGCAUCACACUCACAUCCCAGGCCGGGGCUGUUUUCCAGAGCUUUGCCAAGUUCAGCAAAUUUGGAGAUGACCUGUACUCCGGCUGGUUGGCGGCAGCCCUUGGUACCAACCUGCAGGUCCAGUUCUGGCACAAAACUAUAGGCAUCCUGCCCUCUAACUGCUCGGAUAUCUGGCAGGUUCUGAAUGUGAACCAGAUAGCUUUCCCUGGACCAGCCGGCCCAAGCUUCAACAGCACAGAGGACCACUCCAAAUGGUGCGUGUCCCCAAAAGGGCCCUGGACCUGCGUGGGUGACAUGAAUCGGAACCAGGGAGAGGAGCAACGGGGUGGGGGCACACUGUGUGCCCAGCUACCAGCCCUCUGGAAGGCCUUCCAACCACUGGUGAAGAACUACCAGCCCUGUAAUGGCAUGGCCAGGAAGCCCAGCAGAGCUUAUAAGAGCUAACCCUUAUGGCCAGGUGCAGUGGCUCACGUAUGUAAUGCCAGCGCUUUGGAAAGCCAAGGAGGGAGGAUCACUUGAACUCAGGAAUUCGAGACCAGCCUGGGCUACAUAGUAAGACCACAUCUCUACUAGAACUUAAAAAAAGUUAGCUGGGCGUGGUGAUAAAUGCCUGUAGUCCCAGCCACUGAAGCCAGAGGAUCGAUUGAACCAGGGAGAUCAUGGUCACAGUGAACAAUGAUUACACCAACCUGGGUCACAUAGCAAGACUGUUUCAAAAAAAAAAAAGGCGGGGGGGUGGUGGGCGGGCACAGUGGCUCACAUCUGUAACCCCAGCACUUUGGGAGGCUGAGAUGGGCGGAUCACUUGAGGUCAGGAGUUUGAGACCAGCCUGGCCAACAUGGUAAAAACCCAUAUCCAUUAAAAAUAUUUAAAAAUUAGCCAGGCAUGGUGGCAUGCGUCUGUGGUCCCAGCUACUUGGGAGGCUGAGGCAGCAGAAUCGCUUGAACUCGGGAGGCAGAGGUUGUUGUGAGCUGAGAUAACGCCACGGCACUUCAGCCUGGGUGACAGAAUGAGACUCCGUAUCAAAAAAAAAAAAAGAAAAAAGAAAACCUAAGGGCUCAGGAACCAGUUUGGACUUGAUUUUGAAUCCCAGUUCAUCCCCUUCCUAGCUGUAUGACCUUGAUUGUGUGCCUACCGGUCUGUGACACAGUCUACCUGUCUGCAAAAUGGGAAACAAUACCUGCCAUCAGGAUUGUUGAGGAGUAAAUAAAUGGAAAUUGGUGGA